CACUGAUAUAAACAUGAUUUUUUAGAUUUCUUUUUUCUAACUUGUAGAUUUUUCAUUUUUUUCACUCUUACAUUCAUACACACACACACACACACACACACACACACCUAUUUAUAUCAACCCUCCCCAAUGUACAAUAGUAGAAAUUCUUCCAACAAUACUAGAUAUCUUAUCAAUCCUCCGACACAUAUAGAAUAUCAUGGAUUACGCUUCUUGAUUGUAGACGCACCUAGUUCAAACAAUCUGCCCUUAUAUAUCAAGGAAUUCGAACAUUGGCAUGUGACGGAUGUGGUCCGUUGCUGUGAGGCCACUUAUCCAAAGGAACCGUUGCAUGAAAAACACAUCCAAGUGCACGAUUUUGUAUUUGCCGAUGGUGAAGCACCACCCACCCAUAUUAUUGAUGCAUGGCUACACCUCAUACAAGAGCGCUUUAAAAAGAACAAAGACCAUUUACCUACGGGAUCAGAUGAAGUGAAUGAAAAAAGUAGCCAUCAUCUUCCACCACCACCCCCAUCGCAGCCAUCAUCUUGUAUUGCCACCCAUUGUGUAGCAGGCUUAGGAAGAGCUCCUGUGUUAGUAGCCAUUGCGCUGAUAGAAGAAGGCAUGCCAGCUUUGGACGCCGUGCAGUAUAUCCGUGAACGUCGUAGAGGCGCUAUUAACAAAAAACAGUUGAAAUUUGUCGAGUCCUACAAGCCCAAGUCCCAAAGUCGCUGUACCAUCAUGUAAACUGAUAUUCCCCCAUCUCGAACCCAUCCCAUAUCCUUAAGACCGGGUUUUUUUUUUCUCAUUGUCAACCACCCUAUGCCACUUUAAACUCCUUUUGAAACGGAUCAAACACAUACACACCAUCUCCUUUCUAUUCUCAAUGAUAAUAGAAGAAACCAUCCCAUCACACAACCUCUUUUUUUUUUUUUUUUUAGAAAAA